AUGACUACCCUUUCAUCACCACACAGCUUAUGUUUCUUCAAAACAACAACAGUGAACAAAACCCAUCUACCUCAAACCCAAAACCCCGUAAAAAUCACUUCCCCCCACCAACUGCUCGACAAAAUUUCUGCCAGAAAUACAUUCUCUUGGAACAACCUUAUCCAAACCCACCUGACUAACAAACACCCUCACAAUGCGCUCUCUAUAUAUCAUCAAAUGCUCCUCCUUGGCGUUCCUCCUGACAACCACACGCUCCCUCGAGUUCUAACCGCCUCUCGUUGCUCUGGUAACUUGAAUUUUGGCAAACAAGUUCAUGCUCAUGUUUUUAAACUUGGGUUUUCUUCUGACCUUUAUGUUAUCUCUGCUUUGAUUGAUUUUUAUGGCCGGCUUGAAAGCGUUGAUUCUGCCAAAUGUGUUUUUGAUAAGUCUGUUAAUAGUGGGUUUAAUUCGGUUUCUUGGACAAUGUUGGCUAGGUUGUACAUGAUGCAAAAUAAACCCGGUUUGGCUGUUGAAUUGUUUCAUAGAAUGGUGGAGUUAGGUGCUGAAGUGGAUCAUGUUGCGUUGGCAACGGCUAUUGGGGCUUGUGGUGUGUUGAAAUCGAUGCAGGAAGGGAGAAAAGUUCAUGGCGUUGCAAGGAAAUGUGGGUUGGAGUUUGAUGUGUUGGUGAGUAAUUCGUUGUUGAAAAUGUAUAUUGAUUGUGAUAGUAUUGAAGAUGCUCGUGCAAUUUUUGUUAAAAUGCCGUCUAAAGAUGUUAUAUCGUGGACUGAAAUGAUUGGUGCUUGUGUGAAAAACGGAGCAUUUAAUGAUGGCUUGAAAUUGCUUCGGCAGAUGGUUAAAGAUGGAAUAAAACCUGAUGCGCUGUCAUUUUCUAGUGUUCUUCCAGCUUGUGCGAGAAUGGCAGCGCAUAAGCUUGGUAAAGAGAUUCAUGGUUACUUGCUUAGAAAUGGGAUUGACUUUAAUAUUAUGGUCCAGAAUGCUAUCAUGGACAUGUAUGUCAAGUCAGGUUUUAUUCAGUAUGCUUCAAAUAUCUUUGCAGGGAUGAAGGAGAGAGAUGUUAUAUCUUGGACUGUGAUGAUAUUCGGUUAUACCUCACAUGGACAAGGAGAGGUAGGGCUAAGUUUGUUUCGUGAAAUGGAGAAAGAUUUGAGCAGUGAAAUUGAUCAGUUCACUUAUGCUACUGUUCUCCAUGCUUGUAGCACUGCAUGCAUGGUUGAGGAAGGUUGGUUUUACUUUAACCGUAUUAAGGCACCUAAGGUCACACACUGUGCUCUAAUGGUUACUAUUCUUGUUCGUGCUGGACUCUUUGAUGAAGCAAGGAUUUUUAUUGAGGAACAUCGAAUUGGAAGGCAUCCAGAGGUACUGAGAGCAUUGCUGGAUGGGUGCAGAAUCCACAAGGAAGUGAAGAUAGGUAAAAGGGUCAUUGAGCAGCUUUGUGAGAUGGAACCUCUUAACGCUGAGAACUAUGUAGUACUAUCAAAUUGGUAUGCUGACAGUGCAAAAUGGGAUAUGGUUGAUAAACUAAGAGAGACGAUUAGAGACAUGGGAUUGAAGCCUAGAAAAGCUUAUAGUUGGGUAGAGUUCCGAAACAAAAUUCAUGUAUUUGGUACAGGUGAUGUAUCCCACCCAAGAUCAGAGGGAAUAUACUGGGAGUUAGAGUGUUUGCUGAAGAAAUUGGAAGAUGAAGGACAUAGGCCCAAUCCAGAUUUUAGCCUCCAUGAUGUAGAUGAAGAACGGGAGAGCAUUCAAAUUGGGCAUAGUGAAAUGUUGGCGCUGUCUUUUGGUCUAAUUAGUACACAAGCAGGGGCAACUGUACGUGUUACUAAAAACCUUCGAAUGUGUCGCAGUUGCCAUGAAUUUUCAAAGUCAGUAUCUAAGAUAGUGGGGCAGGAAAUAAUAAUAAAGGACCAGAGUUAUUUCCACCAUUUUAAGGAUGGAUGUUGUUCAUGUGGGGAUUUUUGGUAGUUCAGUAUUCCAAAUCUUGAUGCUCUAGUCAUUUAGGCCUUCAUAUUAUAGCGUCACAGGGUUUACAGUGUGGUUUGACUUCUGAUAUUCCAGUUCGGUUCAAUAUUUGAAAGAUGCUUGAGUUGUAUGUGACUGGAUUUUAAAUUAACAAUUUUUUAGUGAUUUUUCAAGGAUUAACAUGGAUUAUUUGGUCUGCUGCCUAGCAGUGUUUGAUAAUUUGGGGAUAUUAGAAGACACAGAGCAGAGAUGCAGGAAAUAGCACUAUUUAAUGCCGUACUAUAUAAAGAGAUUUUAUCGAAGCUGUCUGAGGAUGAGUAGAGAUGGAUUUCUAAUGGUGAACAAUGAACUGUCAAAUGGAAAUAAAUGAUGAGAAUUACUUCCGAAGAAGUACAUGAGGCAACAUUAUCAGGGCAAGAGGGUUUUGCCUAUCUAUAGAAAGUACUGUGCAACAUAACUAAAAUUAAAUAUUCAGAUGCUUAGAAAUAAUCUAGCGACAGAAGUCCCU